AUGAUUGCAUCUUGGAAUAAAAGUCCUAGACAUCAACUAGGCUGUUUUCUACGGCUGGAUAUGGAGAACACAUCAGAUACGUUACCAAAUUAUGGUGAUUCUUUACAAAACACUUCGUUUGUGGUGUCAUGGGUACAGACCAUACCUUUAGUGCUGGUCACUUGUGUUACUUUAGUGGCAAAUGGUGCAAUUUUAGUUAUGUUUGUGACCACAAAAUCAUUCAGGAGAUGUCGGAACAUAUACAUAGCCAGUUUGGCCAUGGCGGAUUUUUUAAUCGGAUGUACGAUGCCGUUGUCUAUUAUGGAAAGUGUUUACUAUCCAUGGUCGCCUAUUGGUGUCGCCUGUCAUAUUUAUCUCAUUGCUAGACAUUCAUUAUUAUACGUUUCACUAUUAAGUAUUUUAUUAAUUAGUAUCGACAGAUGGUGGUCUAUAAAUUAUCCAUUUUCAUACCGAGUUCGACAGAGUCGUCGACUUGCAAUUAGUGCUGUAACAUUUUCUUGGUUUUUAAGUUUUGUGCUCAACAUUCCACCCAUUGUGAUAAUGACGGACUUUCAACAACAUAAUUCCUCUAAAGUCUAUAAUAAAAGAUGUAACUCGCCUCACGAAACACACUUUGUGUAUUUACUCGUUACCUCAGUAGUGGAAUACCUGUGUCCUUUGGUUGCUUUAUGGAUUUUGAAUUGCAGUAUAUAUUUCAGAAUCAGAAAUCAAUUCCACAAUGUCAGAAAACAGAUCAGCCGAAAAAAUUCAAUGAGUAAUAUCACGGGAGUUAGUGGGACUAGAAAACAAAGUGACGAUUUAGUUCGUGAGAUGAUGGUUAAACAGGACAAAAAGGCUGCCUGUUCCUUAGGAAUGAUGGUGAUAGUGUUUACAGUGUGUUGGACACCUCAUAUGGUUGUACAAGUAAUAAACUCUAAAUGUGGCCAGUGCCUUCCAGAGAUUAUUACCAACGUUACAUUCUGGAUUUUAGUCAUCAACUCGGCAAUCAAUCCAUUCUUGUACGGCUUGUUAAACAAAGAGUAUAGAAAAGUAUUAGGACGAUGGAUGCAUUGUUACUCGCGUAGAAGAACUUUCAGAAUUAAAGAAGCUGUGAUGUAUUGGAAUAUUAUGCCAAUGAACGGAGCCGAUAAGAUGCGUGAUAAUGGAAUAACAUAUAUGAAUGCCGUGAAGGAAUGGUCUUCGUAG